UGGGCCAAUGUUCCACCUUAAUUGGAGUCCGGGGACUGAGGUGGAAAAGGCAGAACUGGCUGAUUGGAGGAGCCACGUCCCUGCAAGGGGCCAGGAGGGAGAUUACAGAGGCGCCAGGCCCAGAGCUCCAACAUGCACCUGCCGCCGCUCCAGGGGAGAUCGGGGUCCUGCCAAUUUACCCCGCCCCAUGAUCUCAUGGCUGUGUGUGCCAGGCACUAGCUCAGGGAGCAGCAUCUCACAGAGAAGACACUUGGAUGGGCCACAGGCCAAAACUGGGCCAAAACUCUGGAUAGGAGGACCUGGCUCAAGGCCAUAUCACAUUUCCAUGUCAUUUUCCAGUGGCACCAACUGAGCUGGACAGAUAUUCUCACAGAGCUACACAUGCCAUGAUCAUCACUAGUUGCGAGAGUCUCCAGUGUUCAUUAAGCCUAUUUUGCUGGAGGAUUAGUCCCUGCCCUUAAAGAGUGCCAGAGAAGACUUUGGGAUCUAAGUCACAUCUCCCCUGCUGCAAUUUUUUUCCUUUUGAUAAUCAAGCAAUCUCACUGAUAAAAUUCUCAACAAGGGGCAGCUCUCCCCAUGAGCAAGUUCUUGCCUUGACUGCCAGGGAGGCCCCAGCUAAGGUUAUACUGGGAAAGGAAUCUCUGCGAGUACCUGUAAGAGGUCAGCUUCUCCUCAAAGCAAACCUCUCCAGCUGGUGUACUGCAAACGCUUCCAAGACCAAGUUCCCUUCUCCUGGCCUCUAGAACCUGCCUGUGUGCCAGUGCUGUGUCCCCAGUAACACACACGAGUCUCUCCCUCAGAAGCCACAGAAAGAUGCAGAGAGAGACCAACCUGGGAUUGAUUCUCCGCCCUAGCACUUACUAAUUGUGUGGACAUAACUGGUCUGGACCUCAGCUUUGCUAUCUAUAAAAUGAGAACCAUUUUAUAGAUA